AUGGUUCCUGAGGGUUUUGAGGGGUUGAUUACACAGAGGACUGAGCAGUGGUCCAAGACAGAGGCCUGGGCAGUGGUCCAAGACAGAGGCCUGUGGCGUGGUCAAAGACAGAGGCCUGGGCAGUGGUCCAAGACAGAGGCCUGUGGCGUGGUCAAAGACAGAGGCCUGGGCAGUGGUCAAAGACAGAGGCCUGGGCAGUGGUCAAAGACAGAGGCCUGGGCAGUGGUCAAAGAUAUAGGCCUGGGCAGUGGUCAAAGAUAUAGGCCUGGGCAGUGGUCAAAGACAGAGGCCUGGGCAGUGGUCAAAGAUAGAGGCCUGGGCUCUGGUCAAAGACAGAGGACUGUGGCAGUGGUCAAAGACAGAGGCCUGGGCAGUAGUCAAAGACAGAGGACUGUGGCAGUGGUCAAAGACAGAGGCCUGGGCUGUGGUCAAAUAUAUAGGCCUGGGCAGUGGUCAAAGACAGAGGCCUGGGCAGUGGUCAAAGAUAGAGGCCUGGGCUGUGGUCAAAGACAGAGGCCUGGGCUGUGGUCAAAGAUAGAGGCCUGGGCUGUGGUCAAAGACAGAGGCCUGGGCUGUGGUCAAAGAUAUAGGCCUGGGCUGUGGUCAAAGACAGAGGACUGUGGCAGUGGUCAAAGACAGAGGCCUGGGCAGUGGUCAAAGAUAGAGGCCUGGGCUGUGGUCAAAGACAGAGGACUGUGGCAGUGGUCAGAGACAGAGGACUCGACCCAGUCCACAUGUGGUUGUGGGGACAUGGCGAGUCACCGGAAGAAACCGGAGCUCGUGCAGGGGUUGUUGAACUCGGGGUAA